AUGAUUAACAAAUCUACUGCACCAGGAGAAGAUGCAUAUGGAGAGUGCUCUGUAUGGCGCGGUGAUGAUGGCUGCCUUGGUGCUGCAUCCACAGUUCCAAGUAAACGAGUUAUCCUUAUCCGACUUUGUAACAAGUUGAACACCGAAAAUGUAGAAGAUGAUAAGAUGACGGUCAUGGCUAUUGAGCUACACCGACGGUAUCAAGAGCCUGACGAUAUCGUCUGCUUGGAAAAUAUAGGAAUCGCGGAAGAGAACUUGGAACAAGAAGACUCAUCACCCACCGAAAUAGCGGACCCACCGGUUCUCCAGGAUUUUAUCUUGCUACAGAGUCUGAGCCUACUUGUCUGCGACGGCCAUAUCCGCUUUAUUUACUUAUGGCGUCUCAAAAGUAGCCCAGCUCCGAAAACUGUCACCGAGACGUCAGUAAUUUCGCGCGGAGCGGUCCCACUGGCGAUCUCACGUGAUCACCUGAAGUCCCGCGCCACUGGGGAGCCAGAGAGUCAAGCCUCAGACUAUCAACCGGUGAACGCGUUGGAGAAUACACAGGUGAUAAGUUCGGCUCACGCAAAGUAG